CCGCAUGGAACUUGGGGUCAGCGGAGGAAUCCUCAGUGGGCUGACCCCGGGGUGCUGCCGCUUUGAAAUGCCGCAAGGAGCCUGACGACAGACUCCUCACAGCAUUUCAAAGCAGCAGGGCCGCAUGGAGCUCAGGGUCAGCAGAGUCCCAGGUGACCCCGGGCUCCAAUGCAGUGCUUUUGCCUCUGAAGUGUAGCAACAGCCCUAGGGCGGUGGCACCCUAUCGACUAAUUGAAUGGUCGAAGCAAAAUACAUCGACUAGUCGACUAAUCAAUUACUCAAAAUUUAACAUUCCGAGGCAUUUCAUGCUGAGAGUUGCUUGGUCUCUGUGAUUGAAGCCUUCCAACAUAGCACUAAGAUGGCUCAUGCCCUGUUUUACGAGCAGCAGAAGCAAAUGCAUAUAGUCAUCCAAAAUUAUGGCUAGCAGAAGGUUCAAGAUGCUGGAUUGGAGAUGGGAGUCCUUCGUACCCACAGGGAUAGCCCAGGUGGCAGCACAUCUCAGGCCUGACACAUAGGGAGGAGCUCAUUCAGUAACACUGACAAUAUGUGAUUGUUCUGCUAAAACUAACAGAAAUGGGUUGGGUAGCAUUCUUUGUGAUGGGAACACAUCACCACUGCGAACUGGACUGAGGUCCAAGCUCAUUACACACAGGCCACUGACAUGCAUUUCCUCACACACCACAUCCCAAUUUACUGUUGACUUCAUGCAGGUCUAACCCAUCUCUUUCAUCCUCCCUCUGCCUAGUUCACUGAGGAUGAAGCUGCUUCAAUGAUGGACACUUCACUCUUUCAAAAAAUGAAGAUUUCCAAGCCUAAGGCUGCUGUGACACCCCAGAAACCAAAGAUGCCCAGAUCUCAGAGCAAGAAGCUCAAGUACAUCCUGCAGGCGAGCACCAAAAUAAAAGGGGGCUGGCCUCGCCCCCCCCUUAAUUACUGUAUCCUCAUCACUGUGGCCCUGCGUAACAGUGCAGAAGGCAGCAUGACUGUGCAGCAGAUCUACCAAUUCACACGGCAGCACUUUCCCUUUUUCCAGACUGCUCCAGAUGGCUGGAAAAACACCAUUCGUCACAAUCUGUGCUUCAGUAGCAGCUUUGAAAAAACCAUGCACUUCGUGUGCAAUGAGGGUAACCGUAAGUCCCGCCUAUGGAAGCUGACCCCAGAAGGCUGCAGAAAGUUCCAGGAGGAGGUACAGACUCUAUCUGAAGAGGCUCUUGAUUUAGUGAGCCAGAGCUUGAGCCAACCAGGUAUAUACCAAAAGGCAAAUGCCCCCACUGAGGCUUUGGAGCCAGGAUGAGUAGUGCUGGAAAGCAGUGUCUCCCAUGACUUUGUGGUUACUCUAGCAAGGGAGCUGUAGAGGUAGUAUGUAUAUGGACAGAGAAAGUGCAAAUACAGAGGGCUAGACUGGGUGGGUUUGAAGAAAGCUGAAAAAUAUGGUUUCUCCAGGUUAGAGCCCUGUCAAGUAAAGUUACUCCUGUGUCUCAUUUAGCUGUAACUGAGGCCAGGAGAGAAGUGGGGAAGAUUUUUCCUUUUUGAAUUAGAGAAAUGCUCUUGGUAACUCCUCUGAAGAUUAUUCCUCUUCACCCCAUACUUGAAACUCCUUGCGUGGCUGGAUUAGCAAUCUCACGUCUGUAAUUUCCAGUGUUGAGUGAGUUACUUCCCCAAACUGCAGAGGGUGUUACUGAUUGCUGAGGGUGACUAGGUGAAUUGCACUUUGAAGUCCAGGCCAACGAAAUGACGCGGCAGAACAGUAUGAGGAACCACUCUUGUGAUUUGGAACACAGAAGGCCUCUACCUAGAUGGUCUUAGAUGGUGCUGUCUUAUAGCUUUGGCAAGCCAAUUUUAAUAUGGAUGCCUAAUAUCCACACAAGGCAUCCCUGUUGUGGGGGGACCUCAGGAACCUGGAGGCCAAUUAACUAAGAGAAACUCAGCUAUGAACAGGAUUAAAUUCCUGGCUGCCUAAGAAAUGUAUCUUCCAGCUCAUACUAAACGACAGGCUUGGUCAUUUAGAAGUAUUAAAUCAAAAUAGAAGUAUUAAAUUGUUGGGACAAGCGUUCAUUGUGGCAGAUGAUUCUGAGAGCAGGACACAGAUAGUAAUGUUGGUAGAAUGCUGAAUAUCCCUCUUACGCUCUACAGCAGGGCUACUCAACUUUCUGGCCCCCAGGGCUUCCAGUGAUACUCACUGCAAAUGCUGAGGGCCACAACUUAAGUGUGGUUGCAUAUGCAUGCAAAUAUAAAUGCAAACAGCUUAUUUCACACAGAUGGGCGUGAUUACAAAGAUUAAGCCUUACACUGUGGUGCUGGACCCAAAUAUGGCCAGUGUGAGCCAGUCAGCUCUCAGGCUCUACCCAUAAGGCUAAGCAGCCUACACUUCUGGCACCUCCUUCCUGGGGGCUAGAAAUGCUGACACCCUGUACCCGUCUGUUCC